AAUAUAUUGAAUAUCAAGCGGCAGAUGUGUUAUUCACAGGAUAGAUUGUCUAAAAUAUACUGGGCUUAUGUGUAUAACUGGCCAUCAAAUUAACUUCACUUUCGAAGCUAUCAAACCUGCUAGUAUCUCACGCGAGCGGGCCUACAGUAUCAACAAACCCUAGCGAUCAGCCAACGUGACAGGCGGGGCAAUCGUCGUACUGUACAUAUAAAUAAACCUUCAUUCCUCACGCACAGCAAAUCUCCAUGAAAUACGCAGCUGGGCUAUCCUCUUGAAAAUAACAGUUUUGCAAAAAGUGGCCAUCCAUCUACCGAAUCAGCACUUAAUUCGCGUCUGAAGUGACCCCGCCUCUGUAUACCUGACGACGGGCAUCUCCGAUCCAGCCUCGCAUAUCACGUUUCCAACUUCCAAUAUAAGGAAGAAAGCCCAAGUCACUCAAAAUACCGCACGGAUAUCUAUUAUAUGAUGGCAUCCAACAAGGAGUCCCUGCAAACCAUUCACACAGAAGCUGUAGGGCCAGACUACGUAUCCAAAAACCACAAACCGGAGGCUACGGUCUCCACCGCCGUCUCGUUCCCAAAUGUCCAUGUCCUCGCCCAGACGCCGCAGUUGAUUGCACUGCUGACGAUGAUCAGAGAUGUCAACACAGACCGAGCUGACUUCAUCUUCUACUCCAACCGCAUCAUCCGCCUGCUGGUGGAGGAGAGCUUGAACCAUCUUCCCGUCAUUGCGCAUGAGAUCAACACGCCUGUUGGACGGAGCUAUGCCGGGGUGAUGUUCCAGGGGAAGAUCUGCGGUGUGUCGAUUAUGCGGGCUGGCGAGGCCAUGGAGCAGGGCUUGCGGGAUUGCUGCCGCUCAGUGCGCAUUGGCAAGAUCCUGAUCCAGCGGGACGAGGAGACGUGCAUGCCGAAGCUUUUCUAUGAUAAGCUGCCGGAAGACAUCAGUGAUCGAUGGGUGCUUCUCUUGGAUCCUAUGUUCGCAACAGGGGGCUCUGCAACGAUGGCUGUAGAUGUUCUCAAGUCCAGGGGCGUCCCGGAAGACCGCAUCUUAUUCGUUAACCUAAUUGCGAGCCCGGAAGGGAUCAAUGUCUUUGCAAAGAAAUUCCCCAAGCUCAGGGUCGUUACGGCAUUCAUAGACCAGGGAUUGGACGAGAAGAACUAUAUUGUCCCCGGCCUGGGAGAUUUCGGGGAUCGGUUCUAUACGCUUUAAUGUCGCCGAUGAACAUGGGAGAAGAACCGCUUUGUUGGUUACUGAGAGGGGACAGUCACAGAUUCCGGCUGAUGGGGAGAAUAUAUAUAUCAAUUGUCAACGAAAGGCCAGUGCCAGGGAUUGUACAGCCAUCAAUUCGUUGUAGAUUGCUCUUCCUAAUCAAAUUAAGAUAUCCUCGGGUCGACGAGAGCAACCCGAGAAGCCUAUCGAAAUACAGUAAAAUGAAGGCGAAAGUCUUAAAGCUAG